ACUACUGGAGAGAGGAGGAGGAGGAGGAGGGGGAGGAGAGGGAGAGUCAGGGAGAGAGAGGCGCCGAGGAUGCAGAUGAGGAAAGGGAGCAGCAUCCGCCGGGCGCCACCAUCUUCUCCUCCCUGCAGGAAGCCGCGUGUCACCGCGUCACUUCUCAGCCUGGAGGAUAUGACACAGGCUGUGAUCUGAGCCUGCAGAAAAAGAGAAACCUCUAAGACCCCCCUCCUCCUCCUCCUUCAUCCUCUGCUCUCCAUUCUGCGAUGCGCGGACUCGCCAGUGCGUCACACUCCGUUCUCCCUGCGUGCGUCGUUUUCUUCCGCUGACGCGUCGCAAACUCCUCGCCUCAUUAUUCUUAGGUCAUGAGAUCGGCUGCAAAAACACGCGGCCACCCGCUCUCCGCUCCUGGCUCCAGCCGUGGACUCCGUAGCCUCCGUGGCCUCCGUUGAAACGCGUCGAUAAAUCCGCGGUUCGCGCGUCCAUGUUCGCCUGUGCGGCCUUUUGCAUUUCUGCGCCCUCUGUUCGCCGCCCAUGCGUCGCCGCUGCCGCGCCACCGCAUCUCCUCCUUCUCCUCCUCUUCCUCCUCCCCGCAUGGACUCUGAAAUCCACGUGAAGCGCGCGUCGUCGUCGUCGUCUCCGCGUCCACGCCCCUCGCUCUGCCGCUGAUGCGGUGCGCCUGGGUGCUCGCCGUCUCCUCGUCCUGGCCGCCCGGUGAUCCUCCUCUGGCCCGGGGAGUCCGGUGUCCGCAGAGAGGCAGGAUGGUGCGGAUCGUCAGCGCGCUGGGGCUCGUCAUGUUCAGCGUGGCGCUGCUCAUCCUGUCGCUCAUCAGCUACGUGUCCAUCAAGAAGGACUUUCUGCUCAGCACCCCCAGAUACGGACCGAACGGAGGACCCAGGAUGUCCAUGUUCCACGCGGGGUUUCGCGAGAGGCCGCCUCGCAAACCUGACCUGAGCUCCCAGCUGGCGUUGAAGUAUCUGGAUCCAGCUUUCAGUCCUCUGACCAACGCUCUCAGCGAGGACAUGCAGAACUCCUCAAAAUGGACCUACAACAGUUCUGCUUUUCUACAGCUGAAAAACGAGAUCGCUCAAUACAUCGACAUCCCCCACAACUUCACACUGAUAAGAGACUCAGUCCGAAUCGGACAGCUGAUGCACUACGACUACUCCAGCCACAAGUACGUCUUCUCCAUCGGUGAGAACUUCCGCUCGCUCCUCCCCGAGGUCUCGCCGAUCCUCAACAAGCACUACAAGGUCUGCGCCGUGGUCGGCAACAGCGGCAUCCUCACCGGCUCACGCUGCGGCACCCAGAUCGAGAAGUUUGACUUUGUCUUCCGAUGCAACUUUGCGCCGACCGAGAUCUUUAAGAAGGACGUCGGGCGGCGGACCAACAUGACGACCUUUAACCCCAGUAUCCUGGAGAAAUACUACAACAAUUUACUGACUGUGCAGGACAGGAACAACUUCUUCCUGAGCCUGAAGAAGCUUGACGGCGUCAUACUGUGGAUCCCGGCGUUUUUCUUCCACACAUCGGCAACGGUGACGAGGACGCUGGUCGACUUCUUCGUGGAACAUCGAGGUCAGCUGAAAAUCCAGCUGGCCUGGCCCGGAAACAUCAUGCAAUAUGUCAACAGCUACUGGAAAACCAAGCAGCUGUCGCCGAAGCGCCUGAGCACCGGCAUCCUGAUGUACACGCUGGCGUCGACCAUGUGCGACCAGAUCCACCUGUACGGCUUCUGGCCCUUCGGCUGGGACCCCAACACGGGGAAGGAGCUGCCGUACCACUACUACGACAAGAAGGGCACCAAGUUCACCACCAAAUGGCAGGAGUCCCACCAGCUGCCCGCCGAGUUCAAACUGCUCUACAAGAUGCACACGGAGGGACUGCUGAAGCUCUCCCUCUCCCACUGUGCUUAGGGCUACAAACUGCAGCAGGUGCGGCGCUCCUUCCGGACUCCUCUCCAGCGCUUCCACGGGCCAGAAUUGUCAAAAUGAUGAGGCAGACGAGGGAAGACUUCAUUAUAAUUUGUGGUUGGUGCAAUGGGUUAAACUCUUUUCAGCCCCAAAGCCACAUUUGACGAAACAGUGCAAGUAACAAGGAGUCUAUUCUUUUUAUACUGCUCAAGAAUCUAAAGACGAAGAAGAAUACAGUUUUGGAAAAUGUGGCUGCGGAUGGACUUUCGAGUGAUGUUGCUUUUAUGGCAGAAUAUCACAACCUUGAAUUGCUUCAUGGUGUUUUUAGUCGCUCGUCACUCUUAGGACUGCAACUACAAAUCAGACUGAGGUGAGCGCUGCGUCAGAGAAGGUAGAUCCCUCCUCCAGUUCUAUGAGGUUGACACAGUUUGGGUCCUGAUGCAAUGGGGCCCUGAAAACUGAAAAGCAAUUUUUGUUGAAAUUGAACAUGCCCGAUCCGAUGUCUGAAAGCGCACAUUGCUCGUAGAUUCAAAUGCAGAGAUUGUCACCCUGACAACUAUCCAUAGUUUGUAAAAUCCUCUCUCAUAUUGUUAUAAAAUGCUGUGCAGUGUUUUGGCAUCUGAUAACCCUUCAACCAUAUGAAUCAGUUACUCAAAGUGGACUUUCUGAAUCAUAUUUCAUUGUAUCACUAGUACCUGAA